GUCCCAGAGGCUGCUGCUAAUCUAGUUAGAGCUAGUUAGAGAUGCUAAUGCUAGUUAGAGCAUUCAAAACAUGUUUUGUUUUCUGCAAAACAAAGACAGGUUCUGAAUGUACAGUUUGUGUUGGAUCAUUUUAUUUUUCUCUCAUCCACAUCAAGGGAUGAUUUAUCAUGUCUGUCCCUGACCCUGACUUUUUAAUUUAUUUCUUUACACACACACACACACACACAGAGAUUUUGCUCUGCUCAUUCAGUUUCUUUGAGUACAUGAAACUGCUUUAGCCUUUUUUGUGUGUGUUUUUUUUCCCAGCAGGUCUAGAUAAUUGUAUCUGAUCUUAUCUAGACCAAGAUCUGCAAUAAAAAGGAGCACUGGAGCAAGAGCCGAAACCAAGGGGGGGGGCAAACCCCUGGUCUUUGUACUUCAGUUCUCUUUGGUUUCUGCUGGAUCCAAAAGUCUAGAAUGGGUCAACUGUGCGCAAAGUGUGCCCAGUUGCUGUACGACCUUGUUCUCUCAGUGAAAACAUUCUCCUCCAAUUUGGUGCAGGAUGUUAAAGAGUGUUUGGCUCAGAUCUGUGACUGCUCCUGCCUAAAGCGAACAAAGUUUGAGACCAGGCAGCUCUACAAGCCUACUCUUCAGUGCCACGAAGAGGUGAUUGCCCAAGAGUUUUUGCAGCACAUUGAAAGAGGUUUUGAAAUAUCACCACUUGGCGAGGCCUCCCUGUCUGUUCUGAAGACGCUGGCAUUUUCUGAGAACUCUGAUUUACAGAAGUCUGCUUCUCUGUUUUACUUAAAGAUAAGUCAACACUUGAACAUCCAGCUCCCUACAGAGCAUCUGGAAAUAUAUUAUGCUCUGCUGAAGUCUAAUGACUUGGAGGUUCAGCGGAUUUCAUCAUUGUCACUUGUCACUUUCUUACUCAAAGGAAAUGUACCCAAAGAACAUGUGAUCCAAGUGGAUUUAUUGGAGCCAAUUCUCGAGCUGCUUGAGUCAAAUGAUGUCAUGAUCCAGUGUAAUUCCUGUGCCUGCAUAAUGAUACUUGCUGUCUCCGAUACCAAUCGAGAGGCAAUCACUUCUGCAGGAGGAAUUGUACCCUUACUUACUCUUUCUAAAUCUUAUGAUUCUAAAGUUCAGCAAUAUGCAGUUGGAGCCAUUUUCAACCUCACACAAUCAGAAUGGGUGCAACAGAUUUUGUGUCGACAAGGUGCUCUCCCUGUUCUCACCCUUUUGUUAGAGUCUCCUGAUUCAGAAGUUCAGUACUAUAGCUGUGCUGCUCUAAGCAACAUGGCAACAAACUCUCAGCACCAUGCAGUGAUGCUACAAACAGGGGACCGAUUUCUUCUCCGGAUGCUCAUUUUUCUCCUCUCAUCUUCUGUGGACAAGGUUUCAAACCAGGCCUGUGUUUGUCUCAGGAAUUUAGUCACAAGUGAGUGUGUUCAGACCGGCCUUAUUGCUAUGGGCAUCCUGCUCCACUUGCUCCCGCUCCUUGAUUUGAACAAUAUGGAGGUUCAACAAAAUUCUAUUAUUCUCCUCCGAAUGCUGUCCCAGCACCCAGCCAACCAGGAUGCACUAGUGUGUCAUGAAGUGCUGCAGAGUGUGGGAAAGCUGCUGAUUACCAGGAAAAGUGAUCCAGUGAUUAUUGGUCAUGCCGCCUGUUUUAUCAAAAAUCUAACCUAUUCCAAAAGCAUAAGGAGAGUUGUUGAAAGUCGAUGUGUUGAAGGACUUCUUCAGGCUAUCCAUGGUGUUGAGCAUCUGGAUGAGGAAGCUCUUCACUGUGUGACAUCCUGUCUUGACGAGCUGGUGAAACAUGAAGGAGGUUCGGUGAGCAUCCUGGAGCUGAUGGAUGAACAGCUGUUGAGUUGCCUUGUGAGACUGGCAGGCCAAGUGGAAAAAACAGAGCCUUCCUUCCAAGCUGCCGUCUUGAUCAAACACCUGAUACAACAUGGGGAGGUGGUGCAGCUGCUGAAAUCCCACAUAAACAAGAUUCAGCAAUACCUCAUGAAGUAUCUUACCCACCAGGAGACUCGCUUUCAGCAGCUGGGUAUAUCUACACUCUGUCUGUUACAGAAAGAUACGGAGUUUUUAUCAGCAUUCAGCGGGAGCCAGUUGAAGAAACACCUUGAUCAAAUCUGUCAACAAACUGAAGAACUGCAAGAGCUUCUCAGGAUGGCUGUAGGCAACAUGGACACAUGAAAAAGUGUACUGCUUUGCAUCCAUUUUUUGAGAGGAGAAUAGAUGUUUAAAUGUCACAGGCUUGACUUCAGAUGAUGAUGAUCCUCCAUGACCACCUCAUAGCUUCAUAGUAGGCAGCUUGAUU